AUGCCAGGCCGUCCAAAAGCGUACGAGCAAGUGAUUCGUACGUUGCAAAACUGUCUGGACUUUACGCUCCUGGCACUGUACCAGCCCAAUCCAGCCUGCUCGACGUUGACGGUAAGCAGUCCCGUGCUCGAGGCGGUGGUGCACACCUCGCUUGCGAUGCAAUGGCUUCAAUCGCGCUUGACAUUGGAAGGCGAGGCCAACUCGCUGACGGUGCCGAUGAACAGCCAUGAACUUUCGCCGCACGUCGCCUCCGUGACGCAAGUCGCCCUUGAUAUGGUGGCGACACAAGCGGAAGCGGCGCGCGUCGAUGUGUACCUGAUCUCGCUCCUGGACCAUUGGGGCACGCCGCAGGAUCUCGCAAACAAGGCCAAUCCGGCAUUUUACAGUGACACGGAGCGGUCCGAGAUGAUCUGGUCGCCCAGCAAGCACUAUCCCUUUGCAGUGAUCACGGUGCUGAUCCACGUUUUUUCCUGGCUCAUUCACAUUGCUGCGCAGGAUUCACGUAUGGUCGUCUUGGCAUCUCUGCACAAGUCCCUGCUAAAGUCGAGCGUGAAAGUGUACUUUGACGCGACCGUCUCAACGGUCGAGGGCACGACGUGGCCGUCGUGGCUCGGGCCGUUUGUGGAUAUGCAAUACAUGCUGGAAGAGUUUGGCAUUUUGAUCGAGCAGGCGCCUCUGACACCCGAGGAAGCCGCAGGGCAUCGUAUGAUCCAGCCGUUGGCCACAGCAACCGCGCCAACGUGCCUGACGCUCACACUUACCCGCCCUGACGCCACGGACCUUAUCGCUCGUGAAACGGUCGUGGCGCCUGCGUGGCCCAUUAUCUCGAACAAUCUGCCGCUCAAUACGGUGGUCCCGCUGCUGGCAAAUACACGUGUGGCCAUAGCGAUGGACGAUCCGCUGCUCACGCAGGUGCUGGAGUACGCGACCGAUUGGGGCUGCGUGGCUGUAAAUGUAGACGACAAGCCCGACAUUGUCAUGGUCCGCCGCAACGUGGCAGUAGCGAGGCCGUACGUCCUGCGUGGCAUCCCGUGCAUCUGUUUCGGGACAGUGCUGCACCUGGCCAACGAGCAGAUCUUGCCGGAGAAAGUCGUGCCUGUGACGGAGCCCAUAUCUCGCACUCGGUUUGUGCAUGGCUUGUACUGUGCUAUCAAGCUGUUGCACGAUAAGAACGUAUCGGCAGAGGUCCUAAGUCCUCCCGAGAUUCCCCUGCUCGCCGUCUCGCCCUCGCCCUUCUCUCCGCCCGCGGCGCCUGAAGACUUGAAGCGACGGUCGUCCAGUGUCGAUCCUACGGUGCUUUCGCAGCGCUUCCAGUCAAUGAUGGAGCUCAAUCGAUCCUCGUCGACGCUGCCGGAUAUGGCACGUGAGAUGCUCGUGCCUCCUACGACGUCCACUACACCGUGCACGUCAGCGUUCGCAUCGACCUCCGAUUCGCCCUCAGCCUCCAGCGUCCUCUCUUUAUCCUCGUCUCUCACGCUGCCAGACGAGACCGAGUCCUUGUCCACCACAACGUCGGCCUCUGCCAUCUCGCCUAUGCCAUCCACGCCGCUGCCGUCCACGUCAUCGAUGGCCACGCCCAUGUUGGACACGGCUCCUGGCGCUGAGACGCCCGUACCCGCGUCGCAGUCCAUGACAUCGACCAGCGCCAGUACGCUGGCCACGGCCAUGAACCCUGCUGCGACCAUUGUCGCCUCCACAGCCUCGCCAGAGCUGCCGACGCCCGUCGCUACGACGAUCCUCCCUCGCGUCGCCGCGGCGAAAGCGAACUUGGCCGUACCAGGCGCAGCACUUCCCUCGCCUGUCCUUCUAACGACCGUCUCGUCGCUGGGCAGCGAUGCCUCGACCAUCAGCCCUACUGUCAAGGCACAGAUGGUCAACGAAGCGCUGACGUCGCAGGAAACCAAGACCGACUACUUUACGCGCGCUGUCACGCAUCUGGCGACGCAGGCCAAUAUGGCCGGCGGUCGCGUCGUGCAUGGCGCCGAUGGACGUCCUACCGGCCUGUACUUCCAGCCGCGCGAUACGCCAUCCAGUGCUGGCCAGCCUACGCCGCCGGCGGAGCGACGCGAUUCGCUGACCAACCCGGAUACAUCAUCGUACCCAAGCAGCGUCAAGCUGCGCGAGGCACAGCUGUCCGUGCUGCCCGAUGCCGAUUCGCACACGCCUGCGUCGCAACUGCCGAUCUCGACCUUAUCGUUUAGCCAGCGCGAGCACGUUACGCGGCCCAACGCGCCGACGUCCAUUCCACUCCCGCCGCCACCGCCCUCCGCAGACUUGGCGCACCAAGGGCGGCCUACGCCGUUUAAGCAGCUGCCUACGCGCGCCCAGCAAGGGCCGACGGCCACGCAGCCGCAGGCUGGCGUGAUGAUUGGCGGUCGCGAUGGCACAUCCACUCGCCCAAAAGAGGCGCAAAAGGUGCCACUCUCCCCUCGGGCCAGUGCCCGCCUGCAAAAGCGCAAACUCGCGUUGCGGGAAGAAUAUCUACCGCCUGUCAAAGUGCUGAUUGUGGAGGACAAUGUCAUCAAUCAGCGUAUUCUCGCUACGUUCUUGCGCCGCAAGCAUAUUGCAUACGACGUGGCAUCGGACGGGCGUGAAGCCAUUGAAAAGUGGCGCGAAGGCGACUUCCACUUGAUUUUGAUGGACAUUCAGCUGCCUGUGCUUGAUGGCAUUGCGGCGACCAAGGAGAUUCGGCGGCUCGAAAAACUCGCGCAGUCCUCCACCAAGACCGAUGAGAAGCCGUUGCCCGCCUCGGCGACGCGGCACUCGGUGAUCAUUGUAGGCCUCACAGCCAGUGUCCUGAACUCGGAUCGUGUGGAGGCCUUGGCGGCGGGGUGCAACGACUACCUGAACAAGCCUGUGAGUCUCCCAUGGCUGCAGCGCAAGAUCCUCGAAUGGGGAAGUAUGCAGUAUCUCUUGCAUGCCGGUGUGGCUACCGCCAAAUCGUCGCCCGCGCCCUCGCCUAUGCCCUCGGCACUGUCGUCCACGUCGCCAGGCAACCCUCGACGCUUGUUGGCCUCCUUUACCGAGCAUGUCGACGCCCGCACCUCGCGCGUCGCUCGGCAUUUGCACCUCCCUCCUUCCUCACGAAAUCGCCCGCUUGAUGCCCCCCCGCCCCUCUAA